AUGUCUGUCAAGUCGGGCCGUCGCAAGGAGGACUGGGUGCCUUUCGUGCUACUACUGCAGGCCUUUUUCCUCUACCUUCCGCGAUUGGUUUGGAAGCAGCUACAAUUCUUAACGAAAGUCGAUCUUCCAAGUGUUACGGUAGCAUUGCGUAAUGAAGCAAAAAAGAUGUCAGACCCUCUAAAUGUGGCUUCAAUCAUGAAACCGACGCGAAGAGGAGCGUGGGGCUACAAACUCACGCUUUCCCUGCUCUUCACAAAAAUGCUUUCGAUAACAGUAGUAAUUGGCCAACUACUUUUCAUUGGAUGGUUCUUGGGCGCCGGGUUUCUACACGGUCUACGGGUAGUCGUCGAUGCGUUGAAUGGUCGGCAGUGGCAGGAAAGCGGCAAUUUCCCAAGGGUGACAUUCUGCGAUCUAGAAGUUCGAGAACUUGGUGGAGCCGUGCACAGAUGGUCUCUGCAGUGUGUGCUCAUGAUCAACAUGUUCAACGAGAAGAUAUUUGUGUUCCUAUGGUGGUGGUUUUGCGUCCUGCUGUUCAUUUCCAUUCUGAACCUCUUCCGAUGGCUCAUUCGACUUUCAUUCGAUGCUCAGAGAUCUUUCAUCACCGCUGUUCUGGAAUCGGCUAUCAACGAUGAUUUUGAUGGGAGGGAAGUAAGCGACUUCUGCAAGAAAACACUGAAAACGGACGGUGUAACGAUUGUUCGACUCAUUGAAGAGAAUGCUACAAUAUAUCAGGCGGCUGAGUUCAUUGUACCGUUAUGGGAAGAAUAUGUUCAAAAAUCGAAAUGA